AUGUGCGUUUUCAUCAGGAUAACCGUGACGGCGUUUUGUCUGUGCGCGGCGCCAAAGCCGUUUGACGGUCUAGCAAUACCGGUGCAAAUUGAAAACAUACAGGCCAACGAGGUGGGCGAGCUGCUCAUGUUGUGCUACAAGUUUAUGGACUUGAAAAUGCGCACUGGAACUAUUUACACCGCGACGGACGAACGGCGACUUCCGUUAACCGAUAACAUCGCCAGCACGGAAAUGAUCUACAAGGGCACCGCUAAGUUUGUGGACUACGGCAUACCGGUGGCGGAUAAGACUUUGUUGGACGUAUGGGCGAACGCGGCGUAUCGCCCUUUGUUCUUAGAAAUAUCGUUGAGAAUAAUAAACGUCGUGGAGAGCGUCGGCGUGUUCCUCAUCACCAAAAUGGCAAUUUACCUCGAGUCGAAUAGCAUUUCAGUGUUCGUCCGACUUUGGCAUCGAAGACUUACUUCUGGUUCAACAAAGUGUUUGAAAACAAAAACAGCCAUUAUGCAUUUAAAAUGUGCUGUUAUUCUGUUCGCGUUGUACUUCGUGACCGCGACACAGAGCAUGGGACUCAAUAAAGAUCAAGUCAAAAAAAUUGUUAAAAUAUUCAAAACGUUCAAAAACGGUACAGACUUAAGCACUUCAGCACUAUGCAGGGAAUAUAAUUUAGUUUUUGAACACAAAAGAGGUAGGAGUCCCGCUCGAAAAGUACAAGACCUUUUGGUAUUUCUGGCCAGUAACGAUAAGAUUAAUGACAACCCGAAGAUUCAAAGUUUAUCGUCAUACGAAGUAAAAAUUUUCGUGGGCUUGUUUAACAAAUACGACCAAUGGUUCGACCAUAGCGGACUACUUGACUACGACGAAGUAAAAAAAGUUGUUAACGCUUUAAAUCUAGAAGAUGACGUCGAAAAAAACUUAGUAGACAAAAUAAAAUACAUAUUUAAUGCCUUAAUCAGAGAUUCAGUUGACUCAAUUCUAUUAAUAUCGAGUGAAACAAUUAACGCCCCGAAAUUCUUGGAGGCCUUUUUGGAAGUAAAACCAAAAGGCAAAGGUCUGGACAAAAAACGAAUUCUGGAACUCAUCAAUUUAUAUAAGGGUCACAAAAUAGCUGGCGAUUACAUUGACCCUGUUGAAAUAGCAAAAUUCUUCAAAAACUUAUCUAUAGUUAAACAAGAACACGAAGGCCUUUGGUUUUUGAUUCCAUACAAUGGACCCUUAUACUCUACCGAUUCAGUUAGAGAUGUUUUAUGGAGUUUCUCUAAAUAUGACGUCAACAAAAACGGUUUAAUCGAUAAGGGAGAACUAAAAGGAAUUGAAGAACGUCACUACCAGGACGAAGACAUUGACUUUAUCUUUGAAGACUUCGAUAUCGAUAGAGACCAACAUUUGAACAUUGCAGAGUACUGCAGGAUGGAAUUUGCGGAGCAUGAGCGAAUGAACGCUGAAAAGGCAGAGCACGAGUUAAUAGAUGCUGAAAUAGCGGAGCGUGAAGAUACAACGCUGAAAAGGAGGAUAGCAAUGACAGAACCCUGAAAAAAAUUAAGUGUUUUUUUCUGAAUUAAAUAAUAUAAUAAUUGUUAUACAUUUGAAUAUAUUUUGGGAGUGCUUUAAUUAUGGGUAAUAAGCUUUA